UAUGCAAAAUACUUCGGUUUAUUCAGUUAAGUGUUAUUCAUUGUUUAUUGAAGAUAAAAUUGAAUUCUUUAAACCAUCGUGUUCUGAGCAUUUUUGGGUGGAUUUAAACUCUUGUCCUCUCACUUUAACAUUUACUGGUCGUUGCAGAUCAAAAGAAAAUGGCGAAUUUGUCGAUAUAUCAGUAAUUGCUUCCAUAAACAAAAUUGAUUUAACAAAUACAAAGCUAACAGUUUUCCUUAGACCUCCAAUUAUUUAUUCCAAUUGUUUGCGAUAUCUUCAAGAUGUUUACAAUGCAACUUAUGCCACAAUUGAAACUUCUAAAGAAGAUGUGUUUCACCUUAAACAACAUGAAGAGCUUUUAAAUAAAUUUAAUGUUCAAUAUUCUGAUCCAGUUUGCUGUCUUAAUGAGACUGUUCACGAAUAUAAUGAUAUUAUGAAUAGUUUCUGUGAUGAAGAAAGAAUUCAGAACUUUUCACCGCAAAAUGUAGAGGAUUGCCAGUUUAAUAACAAUAUGCAAGAUAAUGAAAAAGUUUUGUCUUCAACCCCGUUAUCCACCAUAAGAAGUGUUGAUAUGAUUCAAUCCUUGAACGAAUUCAGUCAAGUAUCACCUAUAAGCAGCGAGAUUUCUGUUUUAAAUCCAAGCACAAGAAAAAGGCAGCUAUUUACAGAAAGUAAUACUCCCCUAACUAAAAGGAUUACCCCGAAAAAACGUAAUUUAGAAACUGAAAAUCAUGAAAAUCAACGGCCUAGAUUAAAGGCUUCAUCACAUAAUAAAGAAACCUACCUACCAUCUUCAAAAACUAAAACCCAAAAGCCAUUAACUUCCAAGAUGCAGAAACAAAUUGAAACUUUUCCAGCUGUAAAAAGUUCUAAAAGAAAACCGCUCGUUCCUUCUCUUCAAGAUGCUAAUAAACCGCUAUUGAAAAAUUUAACACAUAAAGAUUUUAAAAAAUUUACCGAACCUCAAUGGAAUAAAUUUAUAAACGAGAUAACUGAAGACAAUUGCCCAGAACUGUAUAAGUUUCUUUAUGGUAUUGAUAAUGAUAUAUUUAGUAUAGAACAAAAAACAAAUCUAAUGAAGAUGAUGCUUCAAAUACCUGAUGACGAUCCAGAGUCACCAAACGAAAAUGUAAACAUUUUACAGGAUAAAUGUAAAAUGCAUGUCAUUUGUGCAAAGUAUUCGAGUUGUAAAUUUAAAACAAUUUUACAACGUUCAUAUACGAAUAUGAUCCAAUACGAACAAACACAAAUGGUUGAAAACGAUGAUAAUAUUCCAAGUACAUCGGGUGUUAAUACAGGUUCUUCUAAGAAUAACGUAAAAAAAGUCGCAAGACGUAAAAUCGAUCAUGAAACAACUAACUUAGAAAAUAACAAAAAACCUAAGGUAAACCAUUAA